ACACAAGCUCCAUUUAUUUUGAAAAAAUCAAAAAGCGCAAAAGCCUUUUUACGCAAAAACGUCCAAAGAAAUAUUUUCCCACUCUCUAUCGUUGAGUUUGCUUUAAAGCAAAACGUCCAAAAAAAAACAUUGAGUUUACGUAAAAAAGAAAUAAGUAUUUUGUUUUCGCGCUCUUUAUCAUUGAAGCGAGCACGCAAUUGUCUUUUGUGUGCAAUUAAAAUAAAAAUGACGUCGCCUCAGUUUCGGAAAACUGCCAGCCGCAAAAUGGGAGGAGCGGUCUUCGGCGGAGUUUUGAUGUUGUGGUCGUUCCUGUAUCAAAUGCAAAAAUGUCUGGGUCAGGAAGAGUGCAAGUUUGUCAUGCUUGUCUGGCAUGAGCAUGACUCGAGCAUCUGUGUUGCACAGGCACGAAAAGGCCCUAUUACCUGUCAUGCAAAAGCGCAGCUUGCCAUGCGGAAUACGUAAGCCAUGGAAGCCAAAAAAUUUGUCAUGUAUAGCUGCGUAUUGCAGUGCGUCUAUCAUUCACUUUUAGCAUUACAAGAGUCCAGACCCAGACAUGUUUGCAAUCCAUAUCCUGUUGGGCUCGUCGCUUUUCGGGUCGGCGUUGGAAAAGUCACGCGUCUCAUUAUCGUGAGGAAAAAACUUCCCUCCCCAUAUUGAAAAGGACAUUUGUGAUGCUGGAUUUGCGUACACAAGUCGACUUGUAUUGCUAGAAGGCCAAGAGACGCAGUUGCGGCCUAAAUUGCAGGCGAUUUGUCAUGCUGUUUCCCACUUACAGUGGCCUCCUGUGAUGCUGAAGAUGCGAGGUUUUCCCACGCCAGCCAGCACUACAGUCCGCAUCUUUUGCUUUCUAGCAUGACAACAUGAUUUGUGGUAGCAAAUCAUGCUACACAAAUCUCCGUUUUGGUAUGGGGAGGGGGGAUUUUUCAUUUUGAUACUCAUCUCCUGGGCCUCGUCGUGUGGGGGGGCGCUCCGCGGGACACGCGCGCUUGGUUGCGGUGCGCCAGCCGUCUUCCCCCGGGGACGGAUUCGUCGACUUGGAACUGGGUAGUAACCACAAUGCAGCAGAUAGGGCGUCUGCAAGUCGAGUUUCGGAGAGGAAUGGACUUCUCUCGCGCGCUGCUGGAAGCGCUGCUAGCGCUGCUCUCACUCUUGGUAAGGCUGUUGGAAGGCGCGCUGUUAGCGCUGCUAGCAGGGUUGGUGAGGCUGUUGACCGGUUCAAUUUAAGUGACGACCAGGAAAUAGAGGACCUGCGCGAGUUUAACGACUUCGAGCAGAAACUCGCCGACUGUUGGGACAAUAAUUCCGAUGGUGCAGUCUCUUUGAAGUCGUUUUGGUUCGGUCCGCAUAAUAGAGCCUCCCUGUUCAACAAGUUGCCGCCGCCGGAGGAGGCGAUCCAGAUUGGGAUUUAUAUCGCCCCCCAGGAAGAGGUUCGAAAGUUGUGGGAGGCAGUUGGCGACUUAGUCAAAUCUUUCCAUUUCCCGAGACUGCGAGACAUCAUCGAAGGGAAAGCCAGUGCUGCCGGCCUACGCCCCCGAGGUGGGGAUCGCAGCCACGUAGAGUUGCCGUUUCGUGACGAGUCUCGGACAUGGAGCAAGCUGCUCAUGUCUCGGACAUGGAGCAGAGAUUCUGGGCCUCUGGCUGACAAGAGGUUGCUGCCCCAGAACAUUCGACAGUCGACAGAGGGUAAGUUCGUCCCAUAUCUUGAGCGAAAUUACAACGACACUUAUUGGGAUGCGAUCCUAGACAAAGACAAAGACAAAGAAGAGGAUCCUAUUCUGUUUGCAGCAGACGUGUCGGACAGGGCUGAUGCAAACAGAGAAGCCGCAAUCAAGGUUGGACCUCAAGGGAUGCGUGUGGACGAUAUCUACUACGAAGAUUCCUCGAAUGGCACAAGUACGGCGGUGAAGAAAAUCAGUUGGACUGUCGACUACGACUUCCGGUGGGGGUAUACAACCCAUUGCCAGAUCUCUCCGCCUAUUUCCUACUUUUCGCAAUGGAAGUGGAGCUUUUUUGUGGACUUUGUCGAGUCGGCGCCUCGCCUUCUGAGAGUUGACAUCGAAGAGUUGGACUUCAAGGCCUACGAAAUUGAACGUCCUCACCAAGGCCUCGAAGUUGAACGUCGCGACGCUGGACCUGUCCCUUUGCGUUCGCUCCGCCUUUUCUAGAGCGACCGUGCUGCAGGCGGGUUCGUAUUUGGCCUUUUGA